GCUUGCAGUUGGGUCGUACUAGUCUUCUGUCGCUCUAACUUUGUCUCGCUUUCCCCAAUACUCUCUUCCAAUAUGGCAUCCAUGGAAGGAGUUAUGGGAGCUCAAGAUCAGACUCAGGUGCAGCAGCAGCCCAGGGUGGAGAAGCUGAACUUGGCGGUGCAGCAGCAACUUAACCUUGAAUCUGUGAAAACUCGAGCCAUCGGCCUCUACAAAGCUAUCUCUCGCAUCCUCGAAGACUUCGAUGCCAUUGCUCGUACAAAUGCCAUCCCUAAAUGGCAAGAUAUUCUGGGGCAAUUUUCUAUGGUAAAUCUUGAGCUUUUCAACAUUGUAGAAGACAUAAAGAAGGUGUCCAAGGCAUUUGUAGUUCAUCCAAGGAACGUAAAUGCAGAGAAUGCAACAAUUCUACCAGUUAUGUUGUCAUCAAAACUAUUGCCCGAAAUGGAAGCAGAGGACUCCACCAAGAGAGAACAGUUAUUAAUUGGGAUGCAAAACUUGCCAAUAUCCGCACAAAUCGAAAAGUUAAAGACUAGAAUUGAUAUGAUCGGGGCAGCCUGCGAAAGUGCUGAAAAGGUUAUAGCUGAUGCCCGUAAAGCCUAUGGUUUAGGUACUCGUCAAGCGCCCACAAUUGUCCCAACUUUAGACAAGGUUCAAGCUGCUAAAAUUCAAGAACAAGAGAACUCACUUCGAGCUGCUGCAAAUUUUGGUGAAGGUUUACGAUUACCUGGAGAGCAGAGGCAUAUCCCAUCUUCUCUUCCCAUGCAUUUGGUAGACGUGCUUCCUGCUGGUGAUGGUGCUCACAUUACUGAUACUUCUGGUAUGUACCCAAAGAAUGCUCCUUCUAACAGCAUUAAUAGCCAGGGAACUAUACCACAGUCACUUGGGAGGUCCGUUCCCUCUCCUUCUGCUGCAACUGGAGCUACUUCCUUCGAUAAUACCACUACAUCUCCACUGCCAUAUGCCAACUCACCUAGAUCUGGCACAAACAUGAUGAACACACCUUCUCCUCAGCAACAGGCACAAGUUGCACAACAACAACAGCAACAGCAGCAACAGAGGCAGAAAAUCAUGCAAUUACUUCCACAUCAACAGCAGCUCCUCGCUCAACAACAGUUCAGACAGUCUCCUACACCAGGACUGGGGCAGACCCAGCUCCCGCAGCUGCAUGAUUUGCAGGGACAAGCUCAGCAAAAAUUUCAAACGGUUCAUGGACAGCAUCAGAUGCAAUUUUCCCAGCCGUUGGCACACCAGCAGUUCCAGAAUAGGCAACUGCAGUCUGGGCAUGUUCAGCAUAGCAUUGGGCAAAGUCAACUCAACCAAGGAAAUCAGCUAAGGACUCAUUUAAGCCAGUUUACAGGAACUGCAAACAGUACUUUGUUCAAUACUGCUCAGACAUCACCCAAUUCUCAAAUGAUAUCAAACAUUUCUGCUACAAUGUCAUCACAAUCACAUUUGCCUCGAGUGCAGUUUGGGCUAUCUGGUGGUCAUGCUCAGCGAAGUCAUGCAUCCCAAAUCCUAAAUGACCCAAUGUUUAACAUGGGGGUGGGGAAUCCAAGUAACAUGAUGCCGAUGCAGCAGCAACAGCAGCAGCAGCAUGGUGUUCAAAGUGGAUUUGGAAAUAUGCCAGGCAAUGCUCAGAAUCUGCAGCCUGGUUCAGUAGCCCUGCAGAAUGCAUCGCAGAAUCCCAAUUUCCAACAGAGACAGCAAGGCCAACAGUAACAUGACGACCUGAAGACGCCUUGAAUGGUCAAUGUAUUCAUUGAUGCUUCAACCUUUUGGAAGAGGACUGCAAUUUUGAAGCAGUGGCUUUCUCUUAUCCUAACCAGGUAAUGCCACUAUGAGAAAUUGUAAUUUGGAAAUGAAAUGUUUGAUUCAUUUUUUAAUCAACCAAUGAUGAGGAUGAUCUCCCGUCUUAAUAGAUCAUCACUAUCUUGGAAGUAGAGCAUUA